AUGAAUGCCGAAAGUUGCGCACCCUUUUGCGACCCAGCCGCCGCCGCCGCCGCCGCUGCCAUGGAUUCCUUCUACAACGCCGCCUCGCAGGGCAGCGCCGACGGCUCCUCGCCUUUUAGGGCAUUUCCCGGAGGAGGCGGCGGCGGCGACAAGUUCAGUCCCGCUUUCCUGGCCAGCAAAGGGCAAAGCUUCGGCGGCGGAGACGGUGGCGGCGGCGGCGGCGGCGGCAGCGGCAGCAACAGCCCCAAGUGCCGCAGCCGCUACAGCCAGCCGGAGUGCCCGACCCUGGACGGCGGCGGGCAGCCGCAGCAGGCGCUCUCCGCCGCCGCCUUCAACAAGUACCACCCGCCGCCGCCGCCGCUCUACGCGCAGAGGGGCUCCUGCAAAAGCCCCCCGGGCGCCGGCCUCAAGCUGCAAGACGCCAGCGGCCACAACGGAGCGCUGCAGCUCUCCUGCUACGCUAAAGAGAGUUCCCUGGGAGAGGCCGAGCUACAGCCAGGCUCAGAUCCUGCUGGCAUGGAUGGCACUUACCUUAGUGUGAAAGAGACGGGAGUGAAGGUAUCCCAAGAGAGGGCGAGUAAUGACCUACCCAGCCCAAUGGACAAGACUGAUUCAGAGAGCAACAAGGGCAAGAAGAGGCGGAACCGCACCACCUUCACCAGCUACCAGCUGGAAGAGCUGGAAAAGGUCUUUCAAAAGACCCACUACCCAGAUGUCUAUGCCAGAGAGCAGCUAGCCAUGCGGACAGAUCUCACCGAGGCCCGGGUACAGGUUUGGUUUCAGAACAGACGAGCAAAAUGGAGGAAACGAGAACGAUUUGGUCAAAUGCAACAGGUUCGCACUCACUUUUCUACAGCUUAUGAGUUGCCCUUGCUAACUCGAGCAGAGAACUACGCCCAGAUCCAGAAUCCAUCCUGGAUUGGCAACAACGGUGCCGCCUCCCCUGUGCCUGCCUGCGUAGUGCCCUGUGACUCAGUGCCUUCCUGCAUGUCUCCCCACGCUCAUCCCCACACAACCGGAGGAGUCUCUGAAUUCCUGAGUGUCUCAGGUCCUGGCAGCCACGUGGGGCAGACUCACAUGGGCAGCCUCUUUGGUGGCGCAGGCAUCAGCCCCGGCAUCAAUGGGUAUGAGCUGAAUGGUGAGCCCGACCGCAAGUCUUCAAGCAUCGCAGCCCUGCGGAUGAAAGCCAAGGAGCACAGUGCUGCCAUAUCAUGGGCAACAUGACAGGGCUACAGCCAUUGCCCUCCAGACACUGACCGAACCAAUGGGGACAGUCAAACCAAUCCAUCCACUCUCGGACUCGCGGCAGCCAGUGCCCUCCUCAGAGAUCGGGAUGCAGCACUUUUAGCUACUCUAGGUACCAUAGCCUUGCGUAUAUUACCCUAUUUGGAGUGUUUGAAGCCUGUUUGCGGGGUGGGGGGGUGUCCCUGAAAUCAGGUACGGGGGAAGAAAUGAUAGGUGCUUCUACAGCACCAGACACAUCCAGUUUCCUGUUCACAUGGCAUGUUUCCUCUUAAGGAGUCUCUCAUUCUCCUGAGUGUCCUUUUUAAAAUUAUUCACAAUGGACACCCUGGCUUCUUCUGCCACCAGAGGUACUUCCAGAUGAGGCUUUUAUCCUGAACUCAUCCUGCCUCAAACACAGAAUGUUAAGUGGAUUCCAGUGGAAGCAUUUGUGCAGCACUUUUCAUGUUUUUCCACUGCUGCUGCUUUUUCUUUUUCAUUCCCACAAACAAAUCUGUUAUGGAAGGAAAAGACAGACUGGCUCCACAAUAUCUUGUGAUUGGCUACACUAGAAGCUGUCAGUCUGGAAGCACCCCGAUUGCCCUUCCAUGAAAGAAAGACAGAAAACAAAACAAA